CAUAUUUUAUAGGUGAAGUAUAAUAGAAAGAAUUGAUGAUUGGGAAGAAAUGGGGAUGGGAUCGAACGUGUCCCGACGAGACUUCCCUUUUAGGGAAAGGGCGACGACCCGAACGCAUGAUGCUGACUGAAUACAAAGCCAAGUGGAAAUCCUCUGGAUUGAUUAUAGCGACACUCGCAGUCGUCAUUUUCUUCAGCAAUUAUUACAAAAACUGGAAAGUUUUUGGAACCUUCCGAAGCUUCAUCAGAGUCGACAAUAACAAAACCAACGUAGUCUUCAAUCUGUCUGGUGCCAUGAUCAGCAUCGAGCCGCAAGAUGUCGCUUUGCAUGGGAUUGUGAACUCGAAACUGGUCCUCGAGCCAAUGGAGUUCCCGGAAAAGGCGAUAUACUUGUUGGAAACUUCGGGAAGACCCUUGUUGAGUGCCAAACAAUUGUGCAGUGUCGAAUCAGCAGCCAGACACAACCCUGAGAACCCAAUAGUUGUUUUGGUAGCAGCUCAGCAAUUGUUUUAUCCCACGUUGGCAACGCUGAUCCGAUCACUGCAUCCCAACGUUCGUUUUCGGCAUCUCGAUUUUCACGAGGUUCUUUCCAAUUCUGCUCUUAGUGAUUUGAAUCUGACGGACACUUUGAAGAGAAGCAGAUUCAUCACAGAACACGCCAGUGACUUGCUUCGAUUUGCCAUUUUGCAUCAACAUGGUGGCAUUUACAUGGACUUGGACACGAUUGUUAUGACAAGAUUUCCAAACAUUUCCAAUGGAGUAUCGACAGCAGCUAGCAAUGGUACUUACUUGAAUGGCGCCUUUUUGAUCUUCCAAAAAGGACACCCCGUAUUGCUCGACUGCAUGAAUGAUAUAAAAAGCAGCUUUGACACAUUGAACUUCAAUGGGAAUGGGCCACAGAGGAUCACGGACGCCAUGCGCAAAUGGUGCCACACUCCAGACUUGGAGCCAAACACGACGUGCGGCGACGUGUUUCUUUUCCCCUCGGACCAGUUCUCAUUUGUCGACUGGAGUCUCGCCGACGCCGCCUUUGACGAGUUCCCGGAAAAUGCGGACGAGUACGUGGCGGCAUUGUUGGCGGCCAAUGCGACCGUGUUGCACUACUACAAUGAUCGGUCGUGCUCGUGGGAUGUGCGGCUCCGGUGCGACGCCGACGCCGACGGCGGCGGCGGCGGAGACGGCGACGGCGGUGAUGGUGGCGGCUGCGGUGGGAAUUCUGCAGUCGCCAGAAUGGCGAAGAUACAUUGCCCGAUCGUGACUGGGUUCUCUGGCGAGUGGUUGUGGGGGUUCCCUGAUUCCGGGCCCGGGAUUUUAUGAUCACUUUUCUUCAAACUUUUUUUUUCUUUAAAAUGUUGAUUGAUAAUGAGCGAGAGAAUCAUUAUUAUCGGGAAUCCAUCAGAUGGUCUGUUUUGAGUGUAAAGAAAAAUAUUGAGAACAUGGAUGGGACCAAAUCCGCCGAAAACCUUCUGGACUGCUGGAUUCCUACUUUUUUUUCUUUCUUACCAGUAUCACAAAAGCUUUUAUCCAAGCAAGUGACUGGUUUAUAGAUAUAGCCACCAGAAAAACUAGAAUCCGUGGUAUUCAGUGAGAUUUUUGUUUACAAAAAAGGCGGAGCACCCCAUAUACUGUAUAAACCUGCUGGCUUUAUGCGUAAGUCUAGAAAACGAAUUCAAUUUAUUUCUUCUGCUGGGUGGUUGAGACCUUAUGAAAAUUCCGUACUAUCCAGAAUUAUCCUUGAAUGCUACACACAAAUCCAUUAUUUACCCUUGAUGAGUGGCACAAUCAGCAUAUUUUUACAUAAGCUUGCUGCCCGUUGAAUCACAAAUUAAAAUCUCCCAAUCUCAUGGAAAUAUCCAGAAUACAAAACUGUUCGUGCAGUGGGGCUGAAAGAUGCAGACAAAACAACUUCUCAGACGGUGUCCAUAUUUUGGAACAUCUGCAAGAUAGUUUACAUUUUCCCGUGGACGUCAUGAUGAAAUUUCAUCUCACUUCUCAUGUUUGGCAAGAAAUUGAAAAAGCAUUUCAAAAAUAUGGAAGAAAACUAUUUUGUUUACUUUCAAGUGCAGGAGAUAGCAGUACAUAACGAAGAAAACUGCACAGAGUAUGUCAUUUUUGGCAGAAAAUGAGUUUAAGAGGUAAAUAAAACUCAGAUAUUGUUUUACUUUACUUCAGACAGUUGAUGAAAACUGCUGUGAGAAGAGAAGCAAAAAAUUGGCAUGUUUGGAAAACAUAUGAGGGUACAUUUAAAAUAAGAGUCAUUUUGACGGUAAAGUAUGUCAAUGGUAUAAUUCAACUGGUUCAAUAAAUAAAAAUUUUAGUUCACUUUUCACUUUUCUGGAUAUUUUGGCAAAUUAUUAUUCAUAUCUUGAGAUAUUGUUGAAUUGCUGAGGCAGAUUUUAAUGUUUACAGUGGACUGUUUAUUGGGAUAUCCAUAUAUUUUGGCCUUGUGGGUUAUUGUAUUUUGUUUGGCCAUCACAGGGUUUGAAACAAAAAGUUUAAUAAAUAAAUGUAGUGCCAACUCAAGUAGUAGUGCACUAGUGCCACAAGAAAUCUUUUGUGAUGUUUAAAAAAGGGCAGAAAUUGAAGUAAACUUGGGCAUUUUUCCAAGGAUAUUGCUGGAUUCUACUAGGACUUUUGAAUGAGAAUCAAAUCCCCAUGCCAUAAUAAAGCUCAGGAUAAAUGUGAAAACUAUAUUUGGAAUUUACAUUAGUUGAAAAUAUAUUGCAUUGUAUGAAUGCAAUAUAUUCAAGGAAAAUAAAAAAGUGGAAGCUUUUGUGGAAACAUUGGUGAUUCCUUCAUGAUGGCACUUGAUAUAAAACUAUCUCAAAUGUUCACAAAAUCUUGAGGAACAGAUGUGAUCUUUAGCUAGAUGUCAUACGCUAAAAAAACUUUAAUACAUUUUGCCUUGAUACAAAUUUUAAAAUAAAACAUGAAAAAGUACCUUUGAGCUUCGAAUUAUCUAUUGUGAAUUUUUCUCUUAUAAAACACCGUGACACCCAAAAAUUCUGUUAGCAAGCUUAUUUUUUCCAUUAUGAAAACCCUGAACUGGACCUCUCUCUCAAAGAAUUUUCUUAAUUUUUUGCCACACUCUUUUAAUGCCACAUAAUGUGCCAGGAAAAACAGUGGCACUAAAUAAGGGUAUGCCUGUGGUGAGUUAUGUGAGUUUACUCAACUAUAAUGCUGGGACUAUUUUGGCUUGGAAAACUUUACUUGCGCUUCUAAUUUUUCCCUGUGUUUCUUUAGAAGCGUUGAGAUUUAUAUUCCUGUGGAUUUUAUCUUUCCAACUGCAUAUUGUCUCGUUCGUCUCCGCCUUCAGACAAUGAAAGAGAAAAUCUCUCGUUUCUCUUCGUCGAUGAUGCGCCUGAUUGACUCUUCGCAAAAUCGUUGAAAUCGGGAAAGAAAGAGUUCGAGAUCAACACGCUCUGAAACAAAGGGGUCGAAUGACUCUUGAAAA